AUGGGGUUUCUUCCAUGUGAUCAACGGGAUCCCGGUUUCCAUACAAGAAACUAUGUUGGACGGCGCAUGCCGGAGGCGAAAGCGCCGUGGUACUCGUUCGAUGGUGAAAGAAAGGUCAGGUUCAACAGCAACGGAUAUUUCAGUUCAUCGGAGGUGGCACAAUGGAGGGACAUUUUAGCGUUAAAUCACGUUGAACAACUUGACAAGGAACAAUUCCCUCAAGUUUGCAGGGACGCAAUAACCAAGUUCCUGAAACACAUAACACAACUUAAGGAGACUAUAGCUGAAUUGCUUUCGGAGGCACUUGGUCUCGCCCCCUACUUCCUCGAAAAAAUCGAGCGCCUAAAAUCUGCUACAAUUUCUUGCACAAUCAGUGGGUGGAUCAUGGAUGUACCAACUGUUAAAGGAGCUGUAAUUGCAAAUAUAGGAGACCUAAUGCAGCUGAUCACCAAUGAUAAGUUCAAACGUGUGGAGCAUAGGAUACUGGCCGGACGAGAUUCCCGGGUUUCGGUUCCAACAUUUUUCUUUCCGAGUUCUGUCGUUGGUGAGAGGCGAUAUGGGCCGAUAAAAGAGCCUUUGUCUGAAGAAAAUCCUCCCAAGUACAGAGAAACUACUGGUUUUGAAUAUAUAACCCAUUAUCAGUCUAAAGGACUUGAUGGCAGGUUUGCCCUAUCUCAUUUCAAGCUGGAAUCCUAA